AUGGCACUGGCUGCUCUCGCCUCCAUCCUGUCCCCUGGGCCCAGUUCGGAUACCCUGUGGUCUUGGACAGCACUGCCAGUCCGGCUCGUCCUCCUCUGCCUGCUGUAUGAAAUCGGCUGGAUCAUCUACUGCCGCGUCUGGCACCCCUUGGCCGACGUCCCCGGCCCAUUUGCCGCGUCCUUCUCGCGUCUCUGGAUCGCUGCAUCGGUCGCCAACGGGCGGGCAGAGCACGUGCAACGGAGGCUUCAUCAACAGUACGGCCCGCUCGUGCGCAUUGCACCUGACGAGGUCUCGGUGGCGGAUCCCCAGGCUAUCAAGACCAUCUACGGUAUCAAGUCGGGCUUCACAAAGACAGACUUUUACCCGCCCUUUGCGCCUAACAUUAGUCUACAUGGCGACCACUUUACGCAGUUAGAUGAGACGAUGCACGCCGAACGCCGUAAGUACGUUAACUCGAUCUAUUCUAUGUCGACGAUUCUGGAGAGCGAGCCGUAUAUUGACGGCUGUAUUGAUGUCUUUCUGGAUAAGAUGGCCCAGGUUGCUCGUCAAGGGAAGGAGAUUGACUUGGGAGAGUGGAUUCAGUGGUAUACGUUCGAUGUGAUUGGCGAGCUCUUCUUUGGGCAUCAGUUUGGCUUUCUGCGUGAUGAGCACGACUAUGGCCGAUACAUUGAGAGUUUGGAUACUCUACUGCCAGGAAUCGCCCUCUCCUGUGUUCUGCCCGCGUAUAUACGGCCCCUUCACUCCAGUCUCGGUAUGCUAUUCCCAACUAUUCGCAAUUCCGUCAAAGGCUUUGACGAGAUUCGGGCGGCCGGGAGAUACUGGACGAGUGUACGGCAACAGCAAAUGCAAUCCGGAUCCGUCGAGCGAGUCGAUUUACUGGAUAAGUUCUUCAAGGUUAAAGAGGAUAAGGCUGGGUGGGAUGUUGACGAUAUUCAAAACGAAGCUUGUGUUGCUAUUUUCGCCGGUAGUGACACCACCGCAGUCGCUAUCCGUUCCAUCUUGUACCACUUGAUGAAGGACCGAGCGUGUAUGGACAAGCUCGUCGCCGAGAUAGAUGACUUCGACUCUCGCGGCUUACUAGGGAAGCCACACCUCAGGUAUGCCGAAGCAAUCAAGAUGCCAUACCUAGUAGCCUGCUGUAAGGAAGGGAUGCGACUUCAUCCUAGCGUCGGGUUAGGCAUGCCACGCCACGUGCCAUCUGGCGGCGCCACGAUUGCUGGUCGUUAUUUCCCUGCAGGCAGUCGGGUAUCGAUCAAUGCUGCCGUGGUUCAUUACGACCAGUCGGUUUUCGGCCAAGACGCACACAGAUUUAAUCCAGACAGGUGGAUCAACGGUAAUGCAGCGGCGAUGGACCGACAUAUGUUGCACUUUGGCGGAGGCUCGAGGACCUGUAUUGGCAAGAAUAUCUCGCUGGCCGAAAUGCAUAAACUCAUCCCGGAGUUCUUGAGGCGCUUUCACGUUGAGCUGGCCGACCCGGCAAAGGAAUGGAAGACGCACAACUUUUGGUUUAACAAACAGACAGGUAUUCGAGCCCGAGUGCGGGCCAGAUAG